UCGACCAGCCUGCUAAACAAUUGAAGUUGAAGAAAAUAAUAGCUCAAAACUAGAACGAAAAAUUGUGAAAAAUUGCGAAAUUAAAAAUGGUAAUACCUAAAGAGGUGCUCAGCGACUACCGGGAGCUGUACGAGAAGGCGAACGCACUGAUCGAGCAGGACAGUCGCAGCGAUCCCCCAACCGACCCCUAUCGAUCCCAUUACAAAGCGCGCGAUAUUCUCCACGAUUUAAAGAAGCAGCUGGAGGACCAACUGAUCUCGAUACGAGCCAGCGAAGAUGAGGGCAGUCAUGAUGAAUUUGCCUAUCAAUCAAUGUUGGGUUUUAUUUGCCGGGACUUGGGUCGCAUUCACAUCUACACCGAGGAAUCGAUCGAUGGGGAAAAGAUACUAAAGCGUUGCUUGGAGUUGGUGGAGGAGCGCAAACAACGGCCGCAGUGCAUCAUUGCCUAUGUGGGCGCCAUCAACGAGCUGAGCAUUGUCUAUGCCGCCAGGCUGGAGUACAAAAAGGCGCUGGAGCUGCUGCUGCAGGCGGAGCAGAAUUACGAAGAGUUUCAGGCUGGAGGAGAGCUGCCAAUGACCAUGUUUGAUCUAUUUAAUCCAGUCUCGGAGGAUGUGGAGUUGACUGCAGCUGCCACUGGCAGCAAGGAACUAGAGAAUCUGUACACACUCUGCUGCUUUUACCUGGCUCAGAUGUGGGGUCAUGUGGGGGAACCAGAGAAAACCGCUCAAUGCUGUCAUCGCACUUUGCAUCGCCAGAUCAAAUACAAAUGCUACGAAGCAAUUGACUUUGCUUUAAAUACGGCAACACUCUCCCAAUACUAUAUAGGCCAGGAGCGCUUUAAAGAAGCACGUCAUCUUUUGGCUGCAGCCACAUUAAUAAUGGCCGAGCACGAGGCAAACAUGUUGCAGCCACAGAUGAGUCAGCAGCAGCAGGCGGAUGUAGCCGAAACAUUUAAGCAUCGCUAUGCGGAUGUGGCACGCUGCUGGGCCAAGUACGGUUUGCUGCUCUUGCAGUCGUCCAAGGAGCGGCUGAUGCGGGAUGAUGAGGAGGAAGAGGAGCAUCUCGCCCAGGCCACCAAGCAGCUAAAACUCGUUGAGGAGGAUUAUCGCUUUCUGGAUCUCGAUCUCGCUGCCUGUGAGAAUCGCAUCAGUUGCGAUUAUUGUUUGACCUUUGACGAUGCCAAGCUGGUUUUUCACUUUGUCAGCGAGUGGCUGGAUGUGGCCAAGGAUUACUACAAGGCGGAGUCGGAGGCCACCGAGUAUGCCAGAAUUAUGCAGGAUUAUGCAGAAGCCUAUGAUCACAUUGCCUUCUUUGAGGAGCUGCCCGAGAAUCAGGCCAAGAUGCAAAAGCGACGCGCCAAAUAUUUAGAGGAUUUGCUGGAGCUGCUCGAUCAUGGUCAUUAUCUGAAGAUCUGUCGCGAGUGUUGGUAUGUGGCCGGCACAGCACAUGCCGCUAUCCUCGACAUACGCCUCGAUGCCAUCAAGGCGCAGUCAUCUCCCACACCUGCGGAUGUCAAACGGGUCAAUCAGAGCUGUUGGAAGGCCAUCAAACAUUUUGAGUGCUUUGUCAAAUCGUAUUUGGUGCAGCCGGAUGCAGGUGAUCUCUGGCGACCCAAUAUGGAUGUGGGUGAGUUGCGCACCAUGCUCUAUGCCCAUUUCCAUAUCGGGCGACUCUACUACAAGCUGAUCAGUUCGCAUCCCCAGCAGCAGUUGGAGCAACUGAAUCAAUCUCUUUUGUACUAUAAAAGGUUCAGUGAAUCCUGUGUGGAGCACAAGGAGGCUGCCGAGCGGCUACAUGGUGAGAUUGGCGUUGUGCGCGAGAUGCUCGAGCUGCUCCCAUACAAAAUUAAUACAGUCAAGCGGCGCUUGGAGUGAAUAUUCAGAUUCAGUUUGAUAUUUAACCCAGACUUGGCCCAAUUAUGCAUUCUUUAUUCUCGUUAUAUUAUUAUUGCUUAAUCUGACUAUUAAUCUUACACAAAUAAAACAUUAUA